UAUCGUUUGAACUGCAAUGCAAUAUGAAUGGAAUUUUUGUAAUUUUGAUCGCGAACCAAAUACCUCUAAAGUAUUUGUCGUUACCUUUGCUAUAUUUUCUCUUGGAUCCAACGCGUCUUGCAAGGAGAAUUCUUUACGUGGAGAACGAACCAAUAGCCUUGAAUCGUUUGAGGCUCGAUCCUCCCUAUCCUUGUGGUCAGUUUUUAUACAGUCCUGUCCUCUGUAUACUUUCCAAUUCUAGAGUUGAGUAUACGAUUUAUUCUUCUUUACAACUCGCAAUCGAACAAGAUUGUUCCUUAACGAAUUUGCAUAGAAGGAAAGGUUCCAGUUCUCUUAUUGCAAGCCAAACAGAGUUAAUGUCGUUGAGAUUGGAAAAUGACCAUUUUACACCUUUAAGGAGUUUUCCUUAAUUUUGAGUGACCAACAAAGAAAGGUUCUCAGAUCGAGAACGAGUCAAAAACUGGUUGUAGCAAAACCCGUUCUUGAUUUGUUAUCAAAAUAGGCUCACAAGUAGUUCCAAAU